GUUUCUGUGUCUCGGCCGGUCGCUCUCCUCCGCCCGCAGCACCAUGAGUAGCGGCCGUGUCUGGUGGCGGGACUAGGAUGCCGUUUGUACAACUGGAGGAACCCUGGCAAAAAAUGGAAGUGUCGAGUGUGAGUGAGAGCUUCAGCAUGGAGGAGAAUAGAGCUGGAUCAAUCCUUCUUGUUUCAGCCCCUUGGGUUCCCAAAUAUAGACAAGCUCCACUGAGAUGAGGAUUCCUAGCUGGAUACUAAUAACCACACUAUAUUUCAGGAUGAAGGAAGAUUCAAGGAGAUUGCAAUCACGCAUCAUGUGAAAGAAGGCUGUGAGAAGGCUGAUCCCACGCAAUUUGAAUUGCUAAAGGUCCUUGGUCAGGGAUCUUUUGGAAAGGUCUUUCUAGUUAGAAAGGCGGUUGGCCCUGAUGCUGGACAGUUGUAUGCCAUGAAAGUACUCAAGAAAGCUACUCUGAAAGUACGGGAUCGUGUCCGAACAAAAAUGGAACGAGAUAUUCUAGUGGAAGUAAAUCAUCCCUUUAUAGUCAAAUUACACUAUGCCUUUCAGACUGAAGGGAAACUUUAUCUAAUUUUGGAUUUCCUCAGGGGAGGGGAUGUAUUUACACGCUUAUCCAAAGAGGUCAUGUUUACUGAGGAAGAUGUCAAGUUCUACCUCGCAGAAUUGGCCCUUGCUUUGGAUCAUCUACACAGCUUGGGAAUAGUGUACAGAGAUCUAAAGCCAGAAAACAUUUUACUUGAUGAAGGAGGACAUAUCAAGUUAACAGAUUUUGGGCUAAGUAAAGAAUCAGUUGACCAAGAAAAGAAGGCAUACUCAUUUUGUGGUACUGUGGAGUACAUGGCACCAGAAGUAGUUAACAGGCGAGGUCACACACAGAGUGCAGAUUGGUGGUCAUUUGGUGUGCUUAUGUUUGAGAUGCUUACUGGUACAUUGCCAUUUCAAGGUAAAGACCGGAAUGAAACUAUGAACAUGAUACUCAAAGCUAAAUUAGGAAUGCCUCAGUUUCUUAGUCCAGAAGCUCAAGGUCUUCUCAGAAUGUUAUUCAAGCGAAAUCCUGGGAACAGACUAGGAGCUGGCCCUGAUGGAGUUGAAGAGAUCAAAAGGCAUCCAUUCUUUGCUACCAUUGACUGGAAUAAACUAGUCAGAAAGGAAAUUCAACCUCCGUUUAAACCUGCUGCUGGUAAGCCAGAAGAUACUUUCUGCUUUGAUCCAGAAUUUACAGCUAAAACACCAAAAGAUUCACCUGGAAUUCCACCAAGUGCUAAUGCACAUCAGCUCUUCAGAGGUUUUAGUUUUGUUGCAACUAGUGCAGUGGAAGAAGUCCAAAGCAACCCACUUACAGCAGUACACCCUAUUGUACAGCUGCAUGGGAACAGCAUGCAAUUCAAUGACGGAUAUGAGCUAAAAGAAGAUAUUGGAGUUGGCUCCUACUCUAUCUGCAAGCGUUGUAUACAUAGAGUUACCAAUAUGGAGUUUGCAGUCAAGAUAAUUGAUAAGAGCAAACGAGAUCCUUCAGAGGAGAUUGAGAUACUAAUGCGCUAUGGACAGCAUCCAAACAUCAUUACUUUGAAAGAUGUGUAUGAUGAUGGCCGAUAUGUUUACCUUGUCAGCGAACUAUUGAAAGGGGGUGAGCUGCUCGAUAGGCUCCUUCGACAGAAGUACUUUUCUGAACGAGAAGCCAGUGCUGUGCUAUUCACAAUAACAAAAACAGUAGAAUAUCUUCACUGCCAAGGGGUUGUGCAUAGGGACUUAAAGCCAAGUAAUAUUUUGUAUAUGGAUGAAUCUGGUGAUCCUGAAUCUAUCCGGAUAUGUGACUUUGGCUUUGCUAAACAGCUGCGUGGUGAAAAUGGCCUGCUUAUGACCCCGUGUUACACAGCCAACUUUGUGGCUCCUGAGGUUCUUAUGCAACAGGGUUAUGAUGCUGCCUGUGACAUCUGGAGCCUUGGAGUGCUCCUUUACACUAUGCUGGCUGGUUAUACUCCUUUUGCCAAUGGACCAAAUGAUACUGCAGAAGAAAUUUUAUUACGAAUAGGAAGUGGCAAAUUCUCACUGAGCGGAGGCAACUGGGAUACAGUCUCAGAUGCAGCUAAGGAUUUAUUGUCCAAUAUGCUUCAUGUUGAUCCCCAUCAAAGAUUCACAGCAGAACAGGUACUUAAGCAUCCCUGGAUAACUUGCCGGGAUCAGCUACCACAUUUCCAACUAAAUCGACAGGAUGCACCUCAUCUGGUAAAAGGUGCCAUGGCUGCUACAUAUUCUGCCCUCAACCACAAAACCCUUCGUCCAGUGUUGGAGCCAGUUGCAGCUUCAAGUUUAGCCCAACGCAGAGUCAUGAAAAAACUUACCUCAACAGACUUAUGAAAUAUGUAUGAAUCAACAAUAUCUGACUUUUUCAAUUGACUUGAAUGGCAGCAAACUCCUGGAGGUUGCACUAACUUAAGAGUUUUUGCUUUUCCUUUUUUUUUUACUUUGAGUAUUGGGCGAUCACGCUACCAAAUCAAGACGAAGGAUUAGGUUCACUGGAAGAUGGAAUGAUAAGAUUUUAUCAACUACAAAAAGGUUACAGAGGCUAAUUCAUCUCAUUAAACACAGACAGGUUUACAUCAUGAAAGUUGAAUCUUAUCAUUGCAAUUUUGAAAAGGGCAAAAUAAUUCUAAUCAAGGUGGCAAUGGGAUCAGAGAAGUAAGGAGGUCAGUCACUGGUGGCCACAUUCAGAGCUAUUUUGCUUUUCUGUGAUCUUGUUCUGAGACAAUGGUUAAUUAAACUUUGUAUUUUAUUUAUUUACUUUCAUUUUCAAGAAAUACAGUACUUUUAGAUAAAGUUUUAUUUUGAUGUCAAUUUAUAUAUUGUCAUUAAAAUGUCAUAUUGCACAUCACUUCUGGAUUGUAUAAAAUUGUCCAACAGCCUUAAUAUUGCUCCUUAACAAAUGUCCUUUAUUUGGUUUUCCACUGUUUCUGAAAUUGCUAGACAGCACUUGAAUUUCUGCAUUUUAGUAAUUGGAUAAAUAUUAUCCAAGAAAUAUAUUUGACAAUGUUUCACCUUUUGUUGUUGAGAUUACAGUGAAAUCUAGAAAAUGAUAACAUUUAGCGUAUUAACCACGCUAAGGUAGAAGAUCCUGCAGUUUUUUCAAGUAAUUUCUAAAGACACAAAUGAAAAUAGUAUUGUAUCGUGUUGAUGUGCUUCAUCAUCAUGUUCACAACAAUAACAUUUUGAUUUCUUCAGUUUUCUGUGGUUUGUGAAGUUGAAGAUAGCUAAUGAUGUCAUUUGCAUGGUGAGACUGCAAUACUACUUGUCCCAUAUUCUAGUCAUAUUUUCAAAAUCAACCAACUUGUGUAAUUGGACCGAAUUGGAAUCUUGGCCCUAAACAAAUGGAAAACUACAAUAAAGAUGAGACAUUUCAAAA